AUGAUUACGAGAGCCUUUAGUCGGCGCUUGCUCUCAAUAUCUGGAGCGGAUGCCAAGGAUUUUUUGCAAGGGUUAAUUUCUUCAGAUCUACGCACGUUACAACAUUUUUGUAAGGCUUCAGAAGAAAAUAAUGGGCUUUGGGGCUCAAAUAAUAUGCCGGAGAAAGAAGAUGUUAUUUUGCAAACUAAAACCCUGCUUCCUACGUUAUUUUUAUCAUCAAGUGGACGUAUAUUGGCUGAAUCGCUAAUUUUUAGAAACAAGGAUAGUUUUGUCUUAGAUUGCAGUACUUACACUUUUGAGAAGCUGAUGCAAGUGAUCAACAGAAGAAAACUUGCCGCAAAGAUUGUGAUGGAACCUGUAGAUAAUAAGGGCGUAUACGUUAGGAUUCCCGAAUAUAUGUCUCGUUUUGCUACAAUUCCCCAAGUUCCUACUGAUAAUUAUAUUCCGAGUCCUGAAAGUAUCGAGCUAGAGGAUCCUAGGGGUAAAACCUUUGGUGACCGUGUAUAUAAAGCACAUGAUACUCCACAAAGUUCCCCAGGAACCGAUGAUUCUGUUGGAAUAUAUGAAAAACUGCUAAUAAUUAAUGGUUGUAUAGUUGAAUUGUUGACUAAUUUAACCGAAUCAAAGCUGCUACCACAGGAUCUGAACCUUGAUAAGUUUGGAUAUUUGUCCAGAAACAAGGGUUGUUUUGUGGGACAGGAAAUUAUGAAUCGUAUUUUCAAUAAGACUCUGUUGAACAAAUACAACCUAAUGUUGGUUUUAGACAAGAGUAUAAUACAUGAGAACCUUGGAGGUGAGCAUGCAACCAGUGCACAAGAAUCUGCUACUACUCCUACUGAAACUGUUACAAAUACACAAUUUGGAGUAUUGUUGACUAAGAUUCUAGGAUGUAGCAAUAACAAAGUAGGAUCCACCAUGCAAGGCCUGUUGCGUAAUGCUAGCAAGGUAUAUAGUAUAGACUGUGAAACAAAAUCUGUUGUACCACUUUUAUACUUUUCCAGUGGAUUUGGGUUUAUUCUAAAUAAUCGCAUUAAUGCUAUAAAUAGCGUGUCCAUUAAUGGAAAGGCACAUGUAUGUCAAAACAUUUAA